AUGAGCCAAGUACCCUCAGCAAGCACACCAUCUCCAGUAAUCGCCUGUCUCGAAUCCUUCCUCUCACCAACCCUCAAUAUCCUCGCCUCUCCCUCCUUACCCGCGUUGCAACUUCUCACGCCCCCAACACUCUCCAAACUACGAAACCUCGGCCACCCACGUAUCCGCGACGCACGCGCUCUUGGCCAUACCGUCCAGAUUAUCUCGCACAUACCCUUCGCCGCAACGCCGCAGAUAUGCAUGAAGCUCAAUGAUGCGCUGGACGCGGGGAUACGGAUGCAGAAUGACAGGAUGGUGGCGCUGGCGCUGCUUCCCAGUGUGCCGGGCGAGGGCAGCGGAGCGGCGAGGGAGCUGCAGAGAUGUGUUACGAAAUUGAAGUUUGUGGGUGGUGUCGUUGCAGCCGGGCGGGGAAUCGAGGAUGGGGGUUUUGAGGAGGUGUGGGGGGUGGCGCAGAGGCUGAGGGUGCCAGUGGUGUUGAGGGAGGGAUGGCCGAGUGGUGAUCAGAUCGCAGAGUAUACGGAAAACCUGCCCGACGCUGUGGUCGCAGCGUUGGUCACACACCUGCACAACGCACAUGUUGCUUCUCCGCUACUGAUACUGCGCCUUUUCCUCAACGGAAUCUUUGAUCGGUACCCCAACUUGCGCCUUAUCAUCGCGCAUCCGGGAUCACUCCCUUCACUGCUCCCGCGAAUCGACGCAGUCCUUGAUAGCAUUUCCCCUGCCGCCAAACCUAAGCGCAGUUUCCUCGACGUCUGGCAGCACAACUUCUACCUGACCACUGCCGACAUCCUUGAUCUGUCAAGCAUGCGGACGUUACUCGAGCAGAUACCAAUGGACCGCGUGCUAUACGCAAGCAACUACCCACUGGAAGAGCGAGGGAGGGAAGUCAUAACAGAGUUGAAGGAGAGUGGGUUCCUCACAGAUGAAGAGUGGGAGAGGCUGGCAUGGAGGAACGCAGAGCAGUUGUUCAAGCUGUCCAGCCCCGUGCAAGGCCCAUACGGCGUGAACACCAAGGUUGCCGCGCAGCCUGGGCAGCAUGUGAUGUUCGCUUAG